AUGAAUCUAAUGAUUCGUUGCCUCGUCCUCAUCUGCUUAGCUUCUAUCACUCGGGGUAUUCAUCACAAGCUCACAAAAAGAGAACUUCAACACGUUUUCGGAGUUGAGGAAGUACAUCAGGUUCCAGAAUAUGAACUGAUUAAAACCGAAAAGUUUCGUAAGGAAGAUGGAGGUCUUCGGAUACGAUUCUCUGCUUGGGGUGACGAAUACGUGCUGGACUUGAAACCAAACAGUCGGCUUGUCAGCCCACAUCUGGUAGCAGUCACCAGGAACGGUUCCGAGGUGAUCGAGCGAAAAGGCCUCGACCUAGAUCACAACUGUCACUUUCAGGGCACUGUCUCCUCUCAUGGCAAGGUACCUGUGGCUAUUUCUGAUUGUCGAUCGCUUAUGGGAACACUGAUCAUGGACGAUCACUUUCUCGUUCUCCAGUCAGUACCACAGCGAAUCCGCCACCACAAUCCAAAGGAGCAUCUCGUUUUCAAGCGGUCUGCGGGUCUUCUCACAAAUUUUGAGCGGAAUAUCGAAGAAGAGAUAAUACGGCUGAAUGAUGUCCAGGAACCGUUUUGCGACACCAGCGAAAGCAUGGACGAUCCUAUAGCAGCUGAGAUCCUGUCACUGAAUUAUACAAUACCGUCGGCUGCGAAAUUGGACUCACCGUUUGUUUUUCCGAAUCUCGAUCCGAUCACCUUAGAAAUUGGUCUCUUUCUUGAUUCGAAACUCUUCGAACACUUCCAACGAGAUUUUAUUCAAGACGCUGAGCAACAUCUACUCGACUUCUCAUUGGCUUUAAUCAAUAAUGUCCAUGUGCUGUACCAGCAACCUUCGCUCUCUCCAAACUUGGAGAUUGUCAUCGUCAGAUAUGAGAUGUGGAAAUCGCAACCAAGCAAUUUGGCGACGUUCGUGCACAAAAAUGGGCAAGCCCAGAGCUUGCUGGAUGCAUUUUGCCGUCAUCAGGCUCACAUCAAUCCGGGUACUGAUCUGACCGACAUGGGACAUUGGGAUCACGGCGUUCUGUUAACAGGGUAUGACAUCUAUCACACCACCGCGUCCGUGGCUGGAGUGGCGCCAGUGGCUAGAAUGUGCGAUCAGCUGUUUGCUUGUUCACUGGUUGAAGGUCUACACCUUGGACGAUCGUUCGUCUUGGCUCACGAAAUGGGACAUAACAUGGGGAUGGUGCACGAUGGUGUACAGAACCAGUGUAGCAAAUCUUGCUGCUUGAUGUCGGCAGUGAAUGGAGCUGGUAAAACGACAUGGUCCGAAUGUUCCGUAAGAGAAUUCAACGCAUUUCUUCUGCAGCUG